GGCGAACGUCACUGCUACAUCCCAGCCAGAGCGGAAAGAGCGCCCUCUAGUGUCCGUCGGGGCCCCCCGCGGAUUCUCCCUUUUUUACCUGGGUUUAGCGGAAUACGAAAGGGGAACUAGCGGGGGGAGGGGAGGGAGUUUCAAUACUUGGGAAAUCUGACUUCUGGGUUCAAUAUUCAAAUGACGGCUGUCUUCUAAGAAAUUCAAAACACUGACUGGAAGGUCUGCAAAACCAGCUGUGGUUUGAUUUAAGUUAGAAGUGAAUAAUCGUCAGGAUCUUUACCCUGAACUGGAGGGGGGAGGGAAAUACCAGCUGCUGAGAGGCAAUUGGGGUGGGGGGGAAGCUACUGCCAUUAUGCUGAUCUUUUGGAGCCCCCAGAAGCAGCUAGUGGGGUGGGGUGGGGGGGCUGGGCUAGAUAGAUUCCUCUGUCUGAUCCUGGAGGCUUCAUCGUUUGUUCGUAAGAAUGCAUUUAGUCUUAAGCAAAUUCCAGGAAAAUCGCCUGCUUCACCCAUCUCCCUUCACAGAGUAAGCCUAUAAAGAAAGCUGAGGCUUCGCUCCUAACCCAAUUUACCCGGGAGUAAGCCCUACUGAAUUCAACAGAGCUUACUUCUGAGUAGAACGGUUAGGGUUGCGCUGCAAAUUACUACCCUCGCUGGGACUACCCUUCCUAAUGCACGACAAAAACAAACCUAUAGGAUUCCCUAUAGCGCCCGUCCCAUUCGCUAUGGGAAGGACUUUCUUAUCGCGGGGGACAGAUGGUGGUGGGGAGAAAGAGGUGGAAGCCUCUUUCUUUUCACGCGUGCCCGCGGAACCCGACUAUCUUCCCGGAGCAACUCCACGUGGCUGCCCCCGGCCGCGAGCCUCCUCGGGCCUUUCUGGCCGGGGGAGACGUGACUCGCACCCCUCCUCCUAGUUCUUUCAACCAAGCGGUGGGCUCCAGCCGCGGCCAGGACCGAGGCGGCGGCAGGGGGGAGGGUGGUGAGCGAGGCCUCACUGCCCGGAAUGGGCUGGCCGCUGGCUGCCUGCCUAGGGCGCGCUCGCGAGGAAGCUGAGUUCCUGGAACCCGGAGGCGGGGCUGGCGGAUGCUCUAUAAAAACCUCCAGCAGGGGCUCUGGCGGCUUUGCAAUUAGGACGAGCCAAGCGCGCAAAAGCGAAAGGGGCUGCCGCUUCCCUUGCAAAAGCCUCGCCAACAAGCCGUGCGCUGCCGGCGCCCCGCUUCCCGCUGCCUCGUUUCUCGUCGCUCCCCAGGUAAACCAGCGCCGACCCGGAGCUGACCCCCUCCCCCCAAUCUUUCUUUUUUUUCCUCUCUCUCUGGCGUAGUUGGCCGGCCAAGCGCUCGGCUUUUGGAAGCGCGUAGACGGGAUGGGGCGCUCGCUCGACCGUGCGCUCCGGAGAGGUGCCUGCAUGGGAAGGCAAAAGCGAGCCGGGGAAGCCAAGGGCAAGGCGCGGGGGUGAGCUUUCCGACGUGCAGCGGACGGAGAGCAGAGGUAGUUCGCCCAUAGGGGUCUCCCAAGCCGGGGUGCCACUUAGCUUCAGAGCCUGGCUCAAGGACACAGCCACCAACUCGGGGGAACGCCUCGGAAGGUUUCCGGGCGGCUGGCAACCCCGCUUUGCCUGGGGAGGAGGAUGGCGUGGGCCGGGCCCUGCGGGGCCGGAGCUGCCGGGGAGAAGCUGCCCUUUGUCUUUUAACACCUGCUCUUUUGCUUCGCCAGGUCCGUGUCCUAGCAAGCCGCUGCAUCCGGCAGCAGCCCCGAUCGCUCGGAAAGCUGGCUCCCUGCGCCAUGGUCACCCACAGCAAGUUCCCCAGCGCCGGGAUGAGCCACCCGCUGGACACCAGCCUGCGCCUCAAGACUUUCAGCUCCAAGAGCGAAUACCAGCUGGUGGUGAACGCUGUGCGCAAGCUGCAGGAGAGCGGCUUCUACUGGAGCGCGGUGACAGGUGGGCAGGCCAACCUGCUGCUAAGUGCCGAGCCCACGGGAACCUUCCUCAUCCGAGACAGCUCGGACCAGCGGCACUUCUUCACCCUCAGCGUCAAGACUGAGUCGGGCACCAAAAACCUGCGGAUCCAAUGCGAGGGGGGCACCUUCUCCCUCCAGAGCGACCCUCACAGCAGCCAGCCCGUGCCUCGCUUUGACUGCGUCCUGAAGCUGGUCCAUCACUACAUGCCCCUCCCCGAGCAACAGCCAGGGCAGGCACCGCACCCCAAACGUGCCUACUACAUCUACUCAGGUGGGGAGAAGAUCCCGCUGGUGCUGAGCCGCCCUCUCUCGUCCAAUGUGUCCACCCUGCAGCAUUUGUGUCGCAAGACGGUCAACGGGCACUUGGAUUCAUACGAGAAGAUGACCCAGCUCCCAGGUCCCAUCAAAGAAUUCCUGGACCAAUAUGACGCUCCCUUCUAAGUGGCUUCUUCAGUGGGGGUGGCCCACCACACAAGCACAAGGACAGGACUUGGAAAAUGAUGGCUAACAAGAUUACAGGGCGAGACAAGAGACCUUUUCCCCAUUCUGGCUUGUGGAAUAAGAGGGACUGGGGGCAUGGAGCAGGCAAGGAGCCUCUGCCCAGCACAGAGACGGUCUUGCUGUUGUUUGUUCUGGAUGGUUUGCCCGUGGAUGGGGUACUCUGUGCAAGAGACCGAUGAUGGUGCUUGACUAUGGAACAGGCUGCUGCUCCUUCACACAAUUGUCCUUCCCAGCUACAGCCCAGUAAAUACUGUGUUUAUCUGGCUUGUGCUGGGCAUAUCAGAAUGGUUUGCAAACCUCCCUAACCCAUGGACAGUUUACAAAGAGCAUUUGCUCUGCACUGGCCCAGACCACCUCUAGUAACCUUUGACCAAAACCAUUCUGCAGAGACAAUGAAACUAAUGCACUGGAAUCCAGCUAGUGCCUGAAGACCGACUUUUCCUCAGUUUUAAGGGGAAACCUUUUUAUAUUGUUAUUCAUCUUUACCUCUCUCUCAACCUCCUGGAGGGGCAGAAUAUCCAAAGCCUCUUCCUCAGAGGAACUGCCGCACAUCCAUACAGGGGACUAAGCCUUAAAACAAGCUCCACAUCCUCUGAUCCCAUGGACCAGGGUUGUUACUGCACACUGCAUGGGGGAAUGCCAUAUACUCUCUGUGCAAGCAAUGGAGGACAUCAUUUUACAAAAUUGGCACCACUGCUUUUAGAAAACCUAAAUGGAUAAUGAAUGAUCUAGCCAUUUCCCCUAAAGCGUUAUUCAACUUUGGCUCCUGCGCCCAGACUGAUAAUCUCUUGCCUUUAUUCUUGGGUUUUCAGCUCAUCAAAAAAUGGUCUUGUAUCUACACAGAGGUUGUGGAUUUGCUUGGGCCCUAAAUCGCACUGAAUAACCGAAAAACAUACAGGAAUGUAGCAACAACAGAAUUACCUGGAACUCUUAUUAUUUUUUUGUAAAAAAGGAAAAACCAAAAAAACUGUAACCAAAAUUUUGUGUGUUCAUCUUAUUUUUCCAUAUCAGGGUUUUAGAAGGGCAGAUGAGGUUUUGUUUUUACAGAAAGAAAUGUUUACAGACCUGCCUUAAAAAAUAUAUCAUUCUGUCUUUUAUAAAGAUUCCACCCUUCAGCCUUGCAGGCUGUUAGACAUGCUUGAAUACUCAACCAAAAAAAUCAAACUUGGAAGAAAACUUUGCACAUCUAUUUAUAUUUAUAGUCAAUGGAUUUUAAAAAUGACGUUCAUUAAUUUAUAAUAAAAGGCACUAUUUUUUAAAUGAAA